GCAGACUCAGAGGACAUAAGAGGAGGCAGCUUCCUUGCCUCAGUUUACCCCCUGUGUGCAUCCAGGCACCUUCCUCCCCGGCUGCCCUCGGGCCCGGGUCCCCAGAGGCCCGGGGUCCCUCCAGUGCCUGGGGGAGCGGAAAGCGAAGCCUUGAGGGGUGGCGGACCGAGUCCUGCCAGCGCCGGCUGGGGGCGGGGCCGGGAGGCCCGCGCGGCUAGGUCCCCGCCCGCUGGUUUCCUCCGGGGUCAGCCCGGCUCCUUAUCAGGCGCGGCCAGGCAGCCCGGCCCUUAUCUGCACUGGGCCAGCAUCCUCCGGCCGCUGCGCCGCCAGGGGUGAGAGGGAGGAAACCGGGCCGCCGGGGGCGGGGAGAGGGAAGGCCGGCCCGGGAGCCGCUCACUUUCCCUGGGGGAGACCUAAGCGGAGACCUCGGCUAUCCUGGCCCUCCGAGGCCCACGAGGAGGCGCGGCCCAACGCCGGGGCCUGGAGCAUUGAGGCCGGACCCGAGCGAGACGGCAGAGCCUGGCCUGACGCUGGAAACCACACCCUGGCCCAGACUGCCAACCCUGACUGGACAGAGCCAGGGCACUCACCAGGCUGCAGGAACAGUGCUGGGGCUGCAGAGGUGAGGGAAUUCUGGAAGAAGGAAUAUUUGCUCAGAGGCUGGGCAACAGCGCCCCUCCUGGGUCACAAAGAGCUCAGGGACAGUGCGCUGCCUAGCACCUAGGUGAGUACCCCCACGUCGGGGUCCAUGUGCCCGCCUCAGGCACAGGCAGAGGUGGGCCCCACCAUGACUGAGAAGGCAGAGAUGGUGUGUGCCCCCAGCCCAGCGCCUGCCCCACCCCCUAAGCCUGCCUCACCUGGGCCCCCGCAGGUGGAGGAGGUGGGCCACCGAGGAGGCUCCUCACCCCCCAGGCUGCCACCUGGUGUACCAGUGAUCAGCCUGGGCCACAGCAGGCCCCCAGGGGCAGCCAUGCCCACCACAGAGCUGGGCACCCUGCGGCCCCCGCUGCUGCAACUCUCCACCCUGGGAACUGCCCCACCCACUUUGGCCCUGCACUACCACCCUCACCCCUUCCUCAACAGUGUCUACAUUGGGCCAGCAGGACCUUUUAGCGUCUUCCCUAGCAGCCGGCUGAAGCGGAGACCAAGCCACUGUGAGCUGGACCUGGCUGAGGGGCACCAGCCCCAGAAGGUGGCCCGGCGCGUGUUCACCAACAGCCGGGAGCGCUGGCGGCAGCAGAACGUUAACGGCGCCUUUGCCGAGCUGAGGAAGCUGCUGCCGACGCACCCGCCCGACCGGAAGCUGAGCAAGAACGAGGUGCUCCGCCUAGCCAUGAAGUACAUUGGCUUCCUGGUGCGGCUGCUGCGCGACCAAGCGGCAGCUCUGGCCGCAGGCCCCACCCCGCCCGGGCCCCGCAAACGGCCGGUGCACCGGGUCCCAGACGACGACGCCCGCCGGGGAUCCGGGCGCAGGGCCGAAGCGGCAGCGCGCUCGCAGCCCGCGCCCCCGGCCGACCCCAACGGCAGCCCCGGUGCGGUGGCCCGGCCAAUAAAGAUGGAGCAAACCGCCUUGAGCCCAGAGGUGCGGUGACCGCACGCGCCAGCAUUUCUGAGCCAGAGGGCACCAGGGACUCGGCCCAGGGCCGUCGAGGAAAGGGCAAUGGACGUGCUGCGCGUGUUCGGGUGCGAACUCCCCCGAAGAAGGACCAGUGAAGACGUCAGGGGCAAGGUCUCGGGGGUCCGGAAGGGUGAUCAUCGCCCCCCAAGGGACCUGCAGACCCUUAAAAAAAAUCACCCACCACCCUGUGGAAGUGGCCUUGCCUGGGUCCCCUUCGCAGGGGCGCGGUUGGCAAACUAACAUGGCAGAGCAGUCAUAGGA